GCUAUUUUAAACCGGUCUCAUUUAAUAAUCGUCAUUUCAGAAGAGUGUUUGGUGUGCCUGGCUUUGAUUUAACGCUUGAAAAUGAAAUGGAGUUCGAGUAUUGGGAAAAUUCUCCUGUUGUUGGUACCGGUCCUUUUAGUGGAGCAAAUAAUCGCCCAAAGACCAAUUCGUUUUCCUGGAGAUAGCAGUACCGAUCGCAAUUGCCCAAGUGGAACUAGAUGCAUGGAGUUCAGCAGAUGCCGUCCCAGAAUUCUAAGUAUGAUGACAGAGGAGCCAGUAGAAUGUGGUUAUACCUACAACUGGAGAAGAAGGAUAUGUUGUCCUAAUCGAAGCCCAGUCCCGCAACAGGGACCUCGAACAAUACCACCGCGACCUACACCUAGACCGGUACCUGAUGCACCGAUACCAAGACCUCAAGCACCAGCACCGGUACCGGAUACACCGAUACCCAGACCUCCAGCACCAGCUCCGGUACCAGAGAGACCGAGAACUAGACCUGUAGUGCCGGCACCUAUCUCUAACAGACCAAGACCUGUACCUGUUGCAGCGGCUCCGGUAUCUAUACCUGAUACUGAAAAUUGUGGCGUGUCAAAUCGAUUGCAAGGUUUCGUUGUAGGGGGAGAUUUGGCCAAUCCAGGAGCUUGGCCUUGGUUGGUUUCAGUAGCUAUGAGAAGCCGAUCUGGAUUAUUCAGUGGUUGGUGCACAGGUUCUAUGAUUACUAGAAGACAUGUUGUUUCAGCUGCUCACUGCUUUGAGAAUAGAGAUCCAUCCUUAUAUGUGGCAAGAGUCGGUCAUGUUAAUCAAAGCCAAGCCCAAGAGUAUACGAUAAGUCGAAUUGUGACUCCAGAGACUUACGUCCGUGGUCGAUUUUAUGAUGACAUAGCUAUUCUCACUCUGUCGGAAUCUGUGAACACAGAGAAUUUCAAUCCCAUAUGCUUACCUCCGACUCGUAAUUUCGUAAAUUUGACGGGACAGGGCACCGCUGUUGCUGGCUGGGGAUCCACCGAACCAGGUGGUCCUCUGAGCGACAGCUUAAGGCAACUUACAGGUCUACCAGUAAUGUCCAACACACGGUGUGAUACAGAGCUCACUGCAAGAGUGACCGGUUUUAGAGGUCAGUUCAAUAGGGGUAUUUCAGAGGGGCUUAUCUGCGCAGCGUUUAUGGAAGGUGGAAGAGAUACUUGUGCGGGUGAUUCUGGAGGUCCUAUGAUGUUUCUGCAUGAUGAUGAUAGAUGGUAUCUUGUAGGAGUUGUUUCUUUUGGCAUCUCUUGCGCAGAACCUGGUUUUCCGGCAGGAUACACAAGAGUCACAGAAUAUCUGGACUGGAUUCGAAGCAAUAUAAGAGACUGAUAACUCAAGAGCUUCGCUACUAUUUCAGUUUUAAAAUUGCUGGGCAUUAUUUCAGCACUUAUUUAUAAUCCAUCAAUUUUUAACUUCAAAAUUAUCAUGUUUCUACAUAAACUGUGUGUGUAUUAAUUUAUGCAUUAAAGCUGUCGUUGUGA